AUGCACCGAGUGCUCCACGGUCCACUAUUGUCGUGCAUCCAGCGUGAUGAUGACAUGACAAUGACCGGCGUGUUUGUUGUGGCUCGUGCUCGCAAACACUUCUUGUUAAUGCGAAAUUACGUCAAUUUCGCACAAUGCGACCAGGGUAACAUAGGCGUGUCGAAGUCGGUUCCUAUAGUACUGGGCGUGCCGCAUAUAUGCGAGGCCGGGCCUGCACAUCCUGGCAAGGCGUGGGCGGCGGGGCGAGCGGCCAAGCGGUUAUUUCGGUAUGCACAUUGCAUGCAGCGCGGCACCACUGCACUUGCCACUCGAAAUAGUCAGGUCAGGGACCGCGAGCUUCGUCUCGAUCCUUCCCCAAGGUCAACAUUUCACUCCCCCCCUCCCACCAGACGCUGUGUCACAUUACCUCACCGGUCUCGACUUUUCUUACAACAUAAAGUCGAUAAGCGGCUAGGAGUCAAGGAAGGCAUCUCUGGCGAUGUUAGCGAGGACAUUGCACUUCUGCCCCCCGGCCGUUUCGUCCUCACUCCCCCUGUUCGCCAGCCGAAACUUGCUAGCCAAUGCUCCCGACCGGAUUCUACUAUU